UUCCCGAUCCAAACUCGGAAUUGGCAGAGUCCCUUGCUUUGGCUUGCAACUUCUGUCCCCGUCGUACCUGUUCCUUUACCUCCAUUUUCAUAAUUCCGGAACGCGAGAAACACCGGCAGUGACAGGAUUGCGAGUGAGAGUAACAACAAAACGUGAGAAGUUUCCUCAAACUGCAAGUUGCCAACAAAUCCCAUCCGCUUAUCAAAGCGUCAACCGUCAAGCGUACAAUCUUCCAACUCUAUACAAAGAACCCCUUCCCUCCAUUCCCAGAGAGAGCGGGAGAUGGGUGGGAAGAGAGUUUUGAUAGUGGGAGGCACGGGAUACUUAGGACAACACCUAUUGCAAGGCUUUUCAGAGAUCCAAGGCACGCCAUAUGAUCUGGCAUUCACGUACCACUCAAAGCUUCCUCAGGCUUUGCUUGAUGCCAUUCCUCAUUUGCUCGCUUUCCAUGUUGAUCUGAGAACUGGACAAGGAUUUGAGGCCAUUUCACAGACAUUUGGCCAGCCUGAUGUUGUUGUGAAUUGUGCUGCACUCUCUGUACCUCGUGCCUGUGAAAUGGAUCCCACUGCCACUAUGUCUAUUAAUGUGCCAUCUUCUCUUGUGAAUUGGUUAUCAAACUUUGAAGAGAGUAGUACACUUCUGAUUCACUUGUCAACCGAUCAAGUUUAUGAAGGGGUGAAGUCCUUCUACAAGGAAGAAGACGAAACUGUUCCUGUGAAUGUUUAUGGGAAAUCAAAGGUGGCAGCAGAGCAGCUUGUUUCUGAAAAAUGCUUGAAUUUUGCAAUACUGAGAAGCAGUAUCAUUUUUGGGCCACAGACUAUCUCACCUGUUCCAAGAUCUCUUCCAAUUCAGUGGAUGGAUGGUGUCCUUUCCAAAGGAGAAAAAGGGGACUUCUUUCAUGACGAGUUUCGCUGCCCAGUUUAUGUCAAGGAUGUUGUGAGUAUCAUACUAGCUUUGACAAGCAGAUGGGUGUCAGAGGGUAAGCAAAUGCAGUUGCUACUAAACGUUGGUGGACCAGAUAGGGUAUCCCGUGUAGAAAUGGCCGAGGCUGUGGCACAUAUCAGAGGAUACGACACCUCACUGAUCAAAGCAGUGUCUGCAUCGUCGGUUGAUCGAGGCGUCAAGUCCCCGGCCGACAUAUCCAUGAAUAUAACCAAACUAGUUCAGACACUAAAUAUUUCUCCUGUUUCAUUCAAAGAUGGUGUCAAAUUGACACUCGCUGCUGAAGCUAAAUUUUAAGGCUAUCAAGAUGUUGUAUUAAGUGCUAUGGCCAAGGGUAUGUUGUGAACAAUGAUUAUCAAUACUAUAUACACUUCCCCUCUGUUGCCGCCCAAGGCUCAUUCCAAGUACAUUUCCCUUUGGUCAUAGGUGCCUCUAAUGACUCAAAACAUGAAAGAGAAUCUUAUUCUUUUA